AUGACAUGUGUAUCGAUUCCAUUGGCAACAUUAUCAUCAAGAAAUGAUGAUAAAUUUUCUCCAUUGAAACUUCUUACAUUAACACAAUUUUAUUCUAAUUAUACACCAACAUGUGGAAGAUUUAUUAUGAAAUCUAUUAAUACGUUAUAUGCAAAACCAGUUACUUCAUUGAUUGAAAGUUUUUGUGCUAUUUUACAAUCACAUCCAAUGUUAUUAAUUUAUUUAAAUGAAUAUACUAAUGAACAUCAUGCAUCACCAGCUGCUUAUUUAUUUUUUCUUAAACUCUUCACUCUAUUAGAAUAUCCCAUAUUUUCAUUUCAUUUUUUUCAUCCAUUUCAUCCUGCAAAUUUUCCUAGUUUACGUUUCUUUCAAUUGGCACCAACCUAUCGAGAAGAAGCUCGAGCUUUGUUAGCUUUAAUGAAACGAUAUGAUUGGAAUGCGUUUUCAUUAAUUAUUGAUCCACGUCUACCUGGUGAAGAAGAACUUAUAGAAGAAUUUGAAGAGCAUAGUAGUGAACCACGAUUUUGAACAAUAGCAUCACUUAUUGUUAAACAAGCAAAUAAUAUAAGUCUCACAGGACCUGAAUAUAUGUGGAUUAUGUCAUCAGUCGUAUUAUCUACAUAUAGUAGUGGUAAUGAAGCAAAAAUAAAUCCAUAUGAUAGUCCGAAUCGACGAAAAAUUAAUUUUUUUACUGGCACAUUAGCUUUAUAUCAUGAUGUCACUCGAGAUAGUUUUCUUGCUCGUUUCGAUAAACAUGUGGGACCUAUAUUAAUCAAUGUGUUUUCUAAAAUAACACAUUUGAAUGUAGUACGUCAAUGGUAUGCUAAUAUGACAUCAUUUACACCUUCAUCUCGAGGUCGAUUUGCAUGUGAUCGAAUAUUUGCUAUUAAUAACUCAUUAAAUCAGCCAAUUUUAAAACAUAUACUUCCUACUCUUUACAAUUUAUUCAAAGAAGAAUUUAAACAAGCAUACGGAAUUUUUCAACAAGAUGGUUUAGCUCUAGCAGCUAAUUAUUCAAUAUUGAAUUUUCAAAUGCCAAAUAAUGAAUGGAAAAAAGUUGGUGAAUAUGUUAAUAGUACAAUAACAAUAGCUGAUAUUCAAUGGCCAGGUGAUCGAUCAAAACCACCACCAGGCAAACCUAUUAUAUAUUAUUUGAAAGUAGUAACACUUGAAGAACAACCAUUUGUCAUGCUUAAAGAUCCAUCUUCCGAUGGAAAAUGCCAAGCUGGUUCAGUUAUUUGUCGUAUAGGACCAGAAAAUUCUGGUGCAAAUACUAGUGAUCCACAACAUUAUCAAUGUUGUUCAGGAUUUUAUAUCGAUAUAUUUAAUAUAUUAAAAGAUCGACUCAAAUUUGAAUUUGAACUUUAUCAAGUUCUUGAUCGAACAUGGGGUGGACGAAAUCCAUUCACUAAUAAAUGGAACGGUCUUGUUGCUGAACUUCUUGAAAAUCGAGCUGAUCUAACAUUAACUUCAUUGAAAAUAACUACAGAACGCAAUGAUGCUAUUGAUUUUAGUGUUCCACUUAUGGAAACAGGUAUCGCGGUGGUUGUCUCUUUAAGACCAGGUGCUGUAUCACCUACAGCUUUCUUAGAACCAUAUGAUUAUCGUAUAUGGGUUCUUGUAUUAAUAUUUACUCUUCAUGGUGUUGCAAUAAUGGUUUUUCUAUUUGAAUAUUUUCAAAACAGAUUGAGUAAUUAUGAUAUUGAUCAAGAUAUGGAAAAUGAAGAAACAAACUACAAAUCUCCAUUGCAACAUAUCUGGAAUUUUAUUCGAUCUUCCAAGAAAAAAGAUCUUCAUAUGACAUUUUUUCAAUCUGUAUGGCUUAGUUGGGUUGUUCUUUUUCGAGCACCAGCCAAAGUAAAGCAUCCAAAAAGUUUUACAUCAAAAUUUAUGGCUAAUAUUUGGGCUUGUUUUUGUUUGGCAUUUACAGCUAGUUAUACAGCUAAUUUAGCUGCUUUUAUGAUAACCAAAAAAACUCAUUUUGAUCUGUCGGGUAUUAACGAUUAUCGCCUUACCAAUCCUCAUUCAAUGAAACCAUCAUUUCGUUAUGGAACUGUUGCUAACGGAUUUUUAGGUGAACAAUUUUAUUAUUAUAGAGAACUACAUGCAUUUUUAUAUGAUGCAGUUGUUCUCGAUUAUCAAAGUGGACAAGAUAGUGAAUGCAAUUUACGUGUUGUUGGAAAUUGGUAUGCAAUGACUGGUUAUGGUAUUGGAUUUCCAAAGCAAUCAAAAUUCAAAGAUAUGAUUAAUAAAGAAAUUAUUGAUAUGCAUCAUUCUGGUGAAAUUGAACGUCUUCGACGGUUUUGGUUUACAGGUGCUUGUAAAUCUAAUAUGGAUCAACAAUCACAACGUAGUAGUCGACCACUCGAGACACUAAACUUCGUAUCAGCAUUUUUUCUUCUUCUUGCUGGUAGUCUUAUUGCUGUUAUUAUUCUUCUGUGUGAAAAUGGUUCUGUACAUUUUUGGACUCGAUCUAAACGUGCUAACAAAGAUAAUGAUUUGACGGAAUAUGAAUCUAUGUUAGCAUCUAAUCAAAAUUUCAAACCUAGUCCACGUGAGCAAUUAUUGGAAAAACGUAUUGAAAACUUGCAAGAACGUAUUCGUGAAUUAGAACGACGAUCAUCAGCAAAUUAUUCUUUGCAAAUGAAUGAAAAAAAUAAUGAAAAUACAAAAGAAUCAUCAUUUUUGGUACUACCGGUUACUUAUACUCCUAUUAAAGACAAUUCACCUAAACUAGAAAUCGUUCCGUUUUUGUCGAAAGACCAAUCUCAAAUACCAUUAUUAAUUGUUAAACAAUCAAAAAGUCAAACUAUCGAGACAUUUGUUUGA